CGGGGGUUUCGACGUCCUACACUGGCAACCUGCGUGUUGUUCAGUGGGAGGCGCCAGUCCGCAGUAGUUUCUGGAAGGAACCUCAUGCGUGCACCAUGGAGAAAGUUUCAGCAUUGAAAGACCAGGGCAACAAGGCCCUGAGUGCAGGGAACAUCGAUGAGGCUGUACGCUGCUACACCGAAGCUGUGGCCCUUGACCCUUCAAACCAUGUCCUCUUCAGUAACCGCUCAGCUGCCUACGCAAAGAAAGGCAACUAUGAGAAUGCUCUCCAGGAUGCCUGUCAGACCAUCAAGAUCAAGCCUGACUGGGGCAAGGGUUACUCCCGCAAAGCUGCAGCAUUGGAAUUUCUUGGCCGAUUGGAGGACGCUAAAACAACUUACCAUGAGGGACUCCGACAAGAACCAAAUAAUCAGCAGCUAAAGGAGGGUUUACAGAACAUUGAGGCCCGGCUUGCAGAGAAAUCAAUGAUGAAUCCCUUCGCCAUGCCUAACUUGUAUCAGAAGCUGGAGAAUGAUUCUCGGACCCGUGAGCUGUUGUCAGAUCCAAGCUAUAGAGAGCUGCUGGAGAAGCUAAGGAACAAACCAUCGGAGCUUGGCACAACGCUGCAGGAUCCCAGAGUGAUGACCACACUCUCUGUGCUGCUGGGACUGAAUCUCUCUGAGAUGGAAGAAGAGGAGGAGCCCACUGCCCCUCCUCCCCCAAAACCCAAAGACACUCAGCCGCCUCCUCCCAAAGAGGAAGACCUUCCUGAAAACAAGAGAAAGGCCUUAAAGGAAAAGGAACUUGGAAAUGAGGCAUACAAGAACAAGGACUUUGGAAAAGCUCUGAAACAUUACGAAGAAGCAGUCAAACACGACCCCACCAACAUGACGUAUAUAUCAAAUCAAGCAGCUGUGUUCUUCGAGAAAGGUGAUUAUGAUAAGUGCAGAGAGCUGUGUGAGAAGGCUAUCGAUGUUGGCAGAGAGAACCGGGAAGACUACAGACAAAUUGCAAAGGCUUUGGCUCGGAUCGGCAACUCGUACUUCAAGCAGGAUAAAUACAAAGAAGCUGUUCAGUUUUUCAACAAGAGUUUGACAGAACAUCGCACUCCUGACGUCCUGAAGAAGUGUCAACAGGCAGAAAAGGUACUGAAGGAGCAGGAAAAACAGGCCUACAUCAACCCUGAGUUAGCCCUGGAAGAAAAGAGCAAGGGCAACGACGCCUUCCAGAAAGGGGACUACCCAUUAGCCAUGAAACAUUACAGCGAGGCCAUCAAGAGAAACCCCCUAGAUGCAAAACUGUUCAGUAACAGAGCUGCUUGCUACACAAAGCUGUUGGAGUUUCCACUUGCCCUGAAGGAUUGUGAGGAGUGCAUCAAACUUGAACCAGCUUUCAUUAAAGGCUAUACACGAAAAGGAGCUGCCUUGGAGGCCAUGAAAGAUUAUUCAAAAGCUAUGGAGGCAUACCAGAAGGCCCUGGAGCUGGACUCUUCCUCAAAGGAAGCCACGGAGGGCAUGCAGCGUUGUAUGGUGAGUCAGGCCACGAGGAAUGACAGUCCUGAGGAUGUGAAAAAACGGGCGAUGUCUGAUCCUGAGGUGCAGCAGAUCAUGAGUGAUCCCGCCAUGCGCAUGAUCCUUGAGCAAAUGCAGAAGGACCCGCAGGCACUCAGCGACCACUUAAAGAAUCCAGUUAUUGCUCAGAAGAUUCAGAAACUCAUUGAUAUCGGACUGAUAGCCAUUCGUUGAUGAGAACCAAGAUGCAGAUGUGUGAAAAACUCCAAGACAACAGUGGAACGAAUCCCUCCAAAAUAUUACACCCUCUUUCUCAAAUUCAAAAUUAUACUGUCCUCAGUCUCACUGAGACUUUGUGUGUAUGUUGUUUUUUUUUUUUUAAAUCAGUUUCACAACUUUUACAUUGUAUUUAAAAAAGAAAGCAUCUUGUUUGUCUCGAGGACAAGUUCAAGUUUCCAGGACACCUAAAUUAAAAACUGGAUUCAUGUAAAAUGCUUCAAUACAAUUCAGUGCACUAGCACGCGCAGUGUUUGAAGGGGAAGUGUACCCUUAAGCAGUUCACAUAUUCUUGUUGGUUCGUGGUUUACUGAUACGAAAUGAGAAAUAAAAGAAUUUAUUCUCAGAAAAUCAAGAUUGUAAUGUAGAUCACAACUCAAACUUUCAACAAUGGUCUUUUUAACUCUGGUGUUGUCCACUUUAAGGCCUGACUAAACAUGGUGCUUUAAGGUUUCGGUGUCCAUUUUGUUUUUCUUAUUUUUUUUUUGUUACUGGCAAAGAUUUCUGGUGGAAAGCUGAAUCUAUCCUCACCUGACUUCUCACAUGCAGGUCAUGGAUCUUGUAGGUGUGCUAGAUAUUUCUGUUUUAUCUGAAAUGAUUUGAAGCCCCAUUUUUUUUUUGAGAUACUGCUGUCUUUGGCCUAAUAGUUAAAAGAUCAAUGUGUACAGUUAACAUCAGAAAGGGUCGGUGUUUCCUUGAUUGCUGGAGAAGGAAUCCAGACAAAUAGUGGAACGAUACAUCCCAAUGUCCUUAAAGAAUCUAGGGAUGAUUUGCCAUGAUAAAACAUUGAACCAUUAUUAAACAAGUUCAUACAACA